CUUUUUUUAUUUCAUAUUUUUAUUUUACGCGAUAGUUAUCUGGGUCACCUCGUGUUAUAGCACGUUUGGAGUUGGUCUACAGUUUGGUUUCGAAACGUGGAAAGUGCGCACUAUCACUGACGCCCAUAUCUUUAAAUAGAUUCCCUUAUAUCCAAUACGACGCCGGACACUUCACAUCCCUAUAAACCAUCGAACUGCACUGUCAGUCACUGUCAUUAACGGCCGCCAAGAUGGGUUGCGGAAUGAGCACCGAAGAUAAAGAGGGGAAGGCCCGUAACGAAGAGAUCGAGAACCAGCUCAAGCGGGACAAGAUGAUGCAGCGCAAUGAAAUUAAGAUGCUUUUGCUCGGAGCGGGAGAGUCGGGCAAGUCGACAAUCUUGAAGCAGAUGAAACUGAUCCACGAGGGCGGGUACUCGCGCGAUGAAAGAGAAUCCUUCAAGGAAAUCAUUUACAGUAACACGGUCCAGUCGAUGCGAGUUAUUCUGGAAGCAAUGGAGUCGUUGGAACUGCCCCUAGAGGAUGCUCGCCACGAGUACCACGUUCAGACCAUCUUCAUGCAGCCCGCUCAGAUUGAAGGUGACAGCCUACCCCCGGAGGUCGGAAAUGCGAUUGGGGCUUUGUGGCGCGACAGUGGUGUGCAGGAAUGCUUCAAACGGUCUCGUGAAUACCAACUGAAUGAUUCUGCUAAAUACUACUUCGAUGCUGUUGAGCGCAUUGCCCAGCCCGAUUAUCUCCCUACGGACCAGGAUGUUCUUCGUUCCCGUGUCAAGACUACCGGUAUCACUGAAACCACAUUCAUCAUCGGCGAUUUGACAUACCGGAUGUUCGACGUCGGUGGUCAACGUUCUGAGCGUAAGAAGUGGAUCCACUGUUUCGAGAACGUGACCACGAUUCUUUUCUUGGUCGCCAUCUCCGAAUACGACCAGCUGUUGUUCGAAGACGAGACGGUCAACCGUAUGCAGGAGGCACUCACUCUGUUCGAUUCAAUCUGCAACUCCCGGUGGUUCGUCAAGACAUCCAUCAUUCUCUUCCUUAACAAGAUCGAUCGCUUUAAGGAGAAGCUGCCCGUCAGCCCCAUGAAAAACUAUUUCCCUGACUAUGAGGGUGGUGCUGACUAUGCUGCCGCUUGUGAUUAUAUCCUCAACCGCUUUGUGUCACUCAACCAGGCCGAGCAGAAGCAGAUUUACACGCACUUUACGUGCGCGACUGAUACUACACAGAUUCGAUUCGUCAUGGCUGCAGUAAAUGACAUCAUCAUCCAGGAGAACCUUCGACUCUGUGGUCUGAUCUAAUGAACAGGAUGCUUUGACUGAGUACCUGUCUCAAUAUCCGACAUUUUAGACCGUAUGCUAUGUGACUUAUAAUUUUCCUUUUUGUCUUUUCUUUUGGAUGUGUUCGUCAUACCUUUUGAUUUUUGAAAGAACCUGGCGUUGAAGACAUUCACUUGUCUAUUCUAAUUUUUCUUUUCCUUCUCUUUUUCCUUUGUAUUGAAAUGAUAUCUAGCCAGCUCUUUGUUAUCAGCAUCACUCUCAGAGCAGCAGUUCCUUGUUUCCUUUUGCCCUUCCCUGGGGAAAGGGUUCAAUGUUGAACAAGUUACGCCUUUUCUUUUCUUGUCUCCUUUUCUUUUCCGUCAUUUUCAUUUAAUUUUGUGUCUGGUUACCCUAUCCCUCACUCAAUUUCCUCUUUUGUUUAUGUGUUGGUUUUGAACGCUGGAUAUCCCAUCUUCUCUUGGUGCCCUCGUGUGUAAUUUUGUCACGCAUCUUUCCUGUCUCACGUCCACUGGGAACAAUGAACGACGACAGGGCCACGGGCACGGGGAAUGGCAGGGUACGUGGAUUAUCAUGUCUUUUUCUCAUGUGUCAUGCCGGGUCGGUCAUUGGGUCAUAGUCAAAACUAAGGAUUGUGAAAUAUACUGUUUGUACUAAUUUUCCUGUAGAUUGUAAAUAAAUUAAAAUGAAGAUCACUCGAGUUGAA